GACCGUCUGGAGCACCUGAGGAAACAAUGCGGCCCUCACCUCACCGCCGUCGCCAAGGACUCAGUGGAGGGAAUCUGCUCCAAGAUCUACCAGCUGUCUGUGGAGUACAGCCGCAGACUGAGGAGCAUUCACCUGGCUCUGCUGCCAGACCCCCCCACAGAGGCCAGUGGUUCCCCCCCCCAGCAGAGGUUGGUGUACUGCUUCCCGGUGCGUCUGGCCCCCCCCUCGCCCCCCCUCCCCCGCGUGGAGCUGCACUUUGAGAACGACGUGGCCUGCCUGCGCUUCAAAGGGGAGAUGGUGAAGGUCAACAGAGGUCACUUCAGCAAACUGGAGCUGUUGUACAGGUACAGCUGCAUCGAUGACCCUCGCUUUGAGAAGUUCCUGACCAGAGUCUGGUGCCUCCUGAAGAGAUACCAGGUGUUGUUUGGCAGCGGUGCUAACGAGGGCAGCGGCCUGCAGGGGGCGCUGCCGGUUCCCGUGUUCGAGGCACUGAUGCGACAGUUUGGAGUUUCCUUUGAGUGUUUCGCCUCGCCGCUCAACUGCUACUUCAAACAGUUCAGCUCCGCCUUCCCCGACACCGACGGAUACUUCGGAUCCAGAGGACCGUUCCUGUCUUUCUGUCCGGUCAGCGGCUCCUUUGAAGCCAACCCUCCCUUCUGUGAAGAGCUGAUGGACGCCAUGGUGACACACUUUGAGGGUCUGCUGGAGAAGUCCUCUGAGCCGCUGUCCUUCAUCGUCUUCGUCCCUGAGUGGCGCGACCCCGUGACCCCGGCUCUGACCCGGAUGGAGGCCAGUCGGUUCCUCCGGCACCAGAUGACCGUCACAGCGUUCGAACACGAGUACCGGUCCGGCAGCCAGCACAUCUGCAAGAGAGACGAGAUGUACUACCGGGCGGUCCAUGGUAAUGCAGUUAUUUUCCUCCAGAACGACGCUGGUUUUUCUAAGUGGGCUCCGACCCCUGAGCGCCUGGCCGAGCUCACGGCGGCGUACCAGCCCUCCCCCUCCUGACCCCCCCCCCAUGUCCUU